GCCAGGUUGAUAAGCGGCUGGCAGACCUGGGAUUGGGAGAGAGACUGAAUGCUGUCCAGAGCGAGGGAGCUCUGUGCGUUGUGUCCGGAAGAUGGGUCCACAGGACGACCCAGAAGCGUUCAUGGACCUCUUUGAGCGAACAGCGGAGGCGUGCGGCUGGGCGCGCACCCAAUGGCCGGUGCGCCUGAUCCCGCUGCUGACGGGGGAAGCGCAGGUGGCAGCCCAACAGCUACUGGUAGCAAGCCUCCUGACGUACGACGAUCUCAAGCGGGCCAUCCUGCAACGAGUCGGCCGUACCCCCGAACAACACCGGCAACGCUUCCGGUCAGUGGAGCUGGGGGACAACGGUCGGCCAUUUGUGAUGGCCCAACAGCUCCGAGACGCCUGCCGCAAGUGGUUAAUGGCCGAAGAACGCGAUGUCGAGGAAGUGGUCGAUCUGGUGGUCCUGGAACAGUUCGUCGCUCGGCAACCACGUGGGAUGGCCGACUCCCAGGUCUCGUAGUAAUGUGCCCCCUCGAAUUCCCCCGCGGAGUAGUUUCUUCCAGGGGAACAGACCCGCAACCCGAGGGGGCGGAGCGGAGAGCACGGGAGCCGCCGCUCCAUCUCCACCUUUCUCUUCUCUCCGCCAAUCCCUUGGCCAUCCUUCUGCCGCUGGGGCGGCGGGGAGACCUGGGCUGGCCUGCUGGAGAUGCGGGGACCCGGGUCAUUUUCAGGACCGGUGUCCGAUGAUGGAGGUGGGAAUGUUGAUCCGGGUCCCCGACUCCCCGGGGGCUGCCCCCGAUCAAGCCGGGCAGUACCAAAUACCUGUGAGUAUUAAGGGGGGUACAUAUCAGGCUUUGGUGGAUUCAGGUUGUAACCAGACCUCCAUUCAUCAAAGCCUGAUGCAACAAAGGGCAUUGGAUACGAGCCGCAAGGUGAAGGUGAGGUGUGUGCACGGGGAUGUGGUGAACUACCCGUUAGUGCCUGUUUCUAUUCAAUUUCGGGGGAAAAAGCAUAGAAUGAAGGUGGCGGUUAAUUCCCACCUUAGGCAUCCGCUGAUUUUGGGGACAGAGGGGCGAGUUGGGGAUCUCGAUUAUGAGGUAAGGCGAACGGACAGGGGUGAUUCAUGUCAAGUGUAUCAUCUCAAUCUUUUAAAAUGCUGGAAUGAGGUGUCAUCGGUAGAGUUAGCAGCGGCCGUUUCGGUAGAGGAAGAUCUCGGACCAGAAGCGGCUAUCAAAAUCAAUCCGCUCGCUCUGGUUCCCAGAGGAGAUCACCUCUCCAAGACCAAAAAGGAGGUGAGACAGUUCCUGGGGCUGGCGGGAUAUUAUAGAAGAUUUAUUCCUAAUUAUUCGGAGCUCACCAGCCCGCUGACUGAUCUCACUAAAAAGGAAGCCCCAGAUCCGGAGCAGUGCCAACAGGCCGUAACCAGGGUAAAGGCUGUCCUGUGCGGCGGGCCGCUCCUACACUCUCCUAACUUUAGUCUCCCUUUUUUGUUGCAGACGGACGCGUCGGACAGGGGGCUGGGUGCUGUCCUGUCCCAGGUGGUCGCAGGAGAGGAACGGCCGGUGCUGUAUCUGAGUCGGAAGCUCUCGAAAAGGGAGACCAGAUACAGCUCCAUUGAAAAAGAGUGCUUGGCCAUUCGGUGGGCAGUCCUCACCCUCCGUUAUUACCUCCUGGGACGGGAAUUCACUCUCUGUUCGGACCACGCGCCCCUCCAGUGGCUCCACCGUAUGAAGGAUACCAAAGCGCGGAUCACUCAUUGGUAUCUAGCUUUACAGCCUUUUAAGUUCAAGGUGGUCCACAGGCCGGGGGCGCAGAUGGCUGUGGCUGACUUCCUGGGGGGGGUGCUGCAGGCCGGAUGGCUGUAAUAAGGAGGUCAAGUGAAUAAUGUCUAACACCUGUAUUUAAUUCUAGUGAUUGGGGGAGAGACGGGUUGAUAAGCGGCUGGCAGACCUGGGAUUGGGAGAGAGACUGAAUGCUGUCCAGAGCGAGGGAGCUCUGUGCGUUGUGUCCGGGAGAACUGUUGAGGCAGAAAGCCCGACAGCACUUUGUUUUUGUUUUUUUGUUGAUUGUUUUGGGGAGCAAUAAACUGGUUACUCGCCACCCCUGCAUUCCUCGUCCUUCAUCUAAUUUGA